AUGCUCAAAGAGAUAGGGCUGGAGAACAAGGCAGGGGUUUGGCGUAAGCACAUAGACAAGAUUGCUGAGCUCUGCUGUAUCCAUUCUUUGGAUGAAGGCAACAAUUGCUCCUGUGGUUUGGCUAAUCUUCGUCCUGUCACAUUCUUUCUAGUGGAUUUGCAAGGUGCAACUGACCUAAAUCUUCAUCAUGAACCGUAA